UCUGAGUGACGCAAACACUCGCUCAAAAGACAAGAGGAGGGCACAUAUCUCUCUCUCUCUCUCUCUCUCUCUCUCUCUGGAACAGCUCAUCUUCUCUCUGCCAAGACGGCCGCAGCAGUCUCUGAAACAUCGUAGCACCGGCACGAUGCAGAAGAUCGUGUUGCGCUUUAGCAGAGAGGACUCUGCGGUAUUUAUCGGCAUUCUGUAUUUUUUAUUUCUGCAGGCAAUUUAGUACGAGUGGAGCCUCCUGAAAACAGCCGAUGAGAGAACCACGGAGCGUGGACGUGAUGGGAGUAUUCCUGAGCGAAAAUACAAACUUUACCGACGGAUUUAUCCAAGUCAACCGAACCCAGCUGCUCCCGUCGCAGGAGGACGAGAGGAAGGCCAUCGCACUGCCGGUUCUCAUGUUUGCCGGCGGAGCGCUCGGGAACAUAAUCGCGAUAGUCGUGCUGUCGAUAUCGCGGCAGGAUCGGAAAUCGUCGGCAUUCUACACGCUGGUCUGCGGCCUGGCCGUCACGGACCUGCUGGGCACCUGCCUGGCCAGCCCGCUGACCAUCGCCAACUACCUGGACGAGCACAUCCUGGAGAACGGCCACCUGUGCGCCUUCCAGUCCUUCCUGCUGCUGUUCUUCGGCGUGGCGGGACUGAGCAUCAUCUGCGCCAUGUCGGCCGAGCGGUACAUGGCGAUAUGCUGCCCGUACACGUACCGCCGGUGGCGCGUGGGUCGACGCUUCGCGCAGAAGUUUUUGUUCUCGAUCUACGUCAGCAACGUGCUUUUCUGCUGCCUGCCCAUGAUGGGGAUGGCGAGGAGCGAGCUCCAGACGUCGCUCACCUGGUGUUUCAUCGAGUGGCGGAAGCAGGACCCACUUCCGGCCGCGUACACCUUCCUGUACGGCACGGCGAGCCUGUCGCUGAUAUUGGCGACGGUGGUGUUCAACGUGGCGGUGUGCGGGACGCUGCUGCUCAUGCGCAAGAAGACGGUUCAGCGGCCCUCGACCAGGGCCAGCGUGCGCGAGCGCUGGGUGGCGCUCUCGUCCGCCGCCGAGACGCAGAUGAUCGUCGUGCUCGUGCUAACCUCGGUGGUGGUGCUCGCGUGCUCCGCGCCGUUGGUGGCGCGGGUGUUCGCCAACCAGAUCAUUCACCAGGACUAUCACCAGGCUGAUCUCACGGCCAUCCGAAUAGCCUCGGUGAACCCCAUCCUGGACCCGUGGAUAUACAUCCUGCUCAGAAGGUCUCUUUUCAAGAGGAUAUUGAGGUCGUCGAGGAGAGUCAGGAUAUCGCAGAACAAGCGAAGCUCUCCUCCGUCGUCACAGACGCUGUUUAACCCGGGCCCCGAACCCACAAUCGGCAGUAGCCACGUCCUGACGCAGCUCCUGAGCAACUCCAACGUCAUCACGCAGCUGCCGGCGUACAUACCUUACGACCCGGAGGCUCAGCAGCAGGCCCGUGGAGACACGUUGGAAAACGUUAAAACUUUGAAGGGUUGAGUUCCGAGUCAAGAACAUGUUUUUAUCUCUCUCGACAAGACCACAGACUUUAAGGGUUUGUCAAGACACACCAGACAGAGGAUUGAUUGUAAGUCUACAUGCAGCCCGUGUAUUUUUUUUUUUCUUUUUUACCGUUUUACCUGGAUUAUUUUAUUAUAUUUAUACUGUACAUUGUGUAAUAAACAGAUUCGCUUUAGGUUGCAAUUGAUAUAUUUACAUUGCAAUAUAUGCCAGUGAUCUCCGUAGUUCUGUUGGUCUCUACCGUUUAGUGAAUUAAUCAGACAAGCACCAGGCAAGGUCAUUCACUCAGACACCAGGAGCACAAGAACGAAUUCAACAACCAAUUAUUCCACAAUGCAUUUAUUCCUUUCUAACAUUUAAAAAUAGCAUUUUACUUAACUUAAGGUGACAAUGUGGCCAAGGUCAGAAAUUAACUUUUGUCCCCAACCCCUUAUAAAAAUCUGUACAUAAGCCGAGCUAACUUAAUUAAAUCAGCAUACACAAUGUCGUCAUAAAACGCCUGCUAGAAUACAUUUAAAAGUUCGAACAUCUUCCAAGUAAUAAUUUCCAGUCUCACCAGUUUCCAUUCGUACAACGGACGAUAGUUAACAUGACAAAUCGAUCAACACUGGCUUCCUCCACUGGGCCGAUUUCCAGUCCCUGCAUUUCAAUUUGUCUAGGGCCUUUUUGAAAAAGAAAGAAAAAGGGAGAAAUCUUUAUACAUUGAUCAUAAAUUAAUUUCUGACCCUAGUUGUGGCACGUCUUUACAAUAAUCCUGUACCUCAACACCAUAAAUAAAAAUCUAUAAACAUCGCUUCGGUAAAAAUUCUGUCUUUUCAAACAAAAUAACAGAAUUUUGUACAACUUUUACAGAGUAGCCCGUCACCAUACUAGUAUAUAUUUACACUGCAAGUUUACAGAUUUACAGCAAACCUCCGCCCCCGAAGGGACUGGGACAUCUUGGCCUUUACAUGCCUGUAUACAUAGGGGAGGGGUGAGGCAUGACCCCCCCCCCCCCGCAUCUUCCAUUGACAUCCAUAAGGCCUCUGUCCUCUCAUUAUGAGUCAGCCUCUUUUGCUGUGGCGGGAUGUCACAACAGGAACCGUUUCCAAGGGAACCGUCCAAUGGCUGGACCACCUCCCUCAAUGACAUUCGUCUGAAAUCAACCCCUUUUAAAAUGUACAUAUCAAAGACAUUUUCUUAUCAACGAUUUUUUUUAACUCAUUUAUCCUUGCUGGGGUCACAUGUUUCAUCAAGAUAUGUAGAAGUUAAAAAAGGCAAGCGAAUCCACUCCAGGAAAAACAGACUGGCGAGACGUGUUAACAAAAUAGUUAAAAAUAAAAGUGUUAUACUAUUGCUA